AUGUCUUUGAUCGUGGCAUAUUUGAAGCAGAGUCCUAGAACACCUUUUUCAGAUCUGGCGGAUGAUGAGAAGAUCUUCAAUGGCGGGGACGCCACAUGGUCUGAACAGAAUCAGGAACACGCUCUCCUCUCCGAAAUCACUGAGGAGGACCUGGAAGCCAUCCGUGAGCGAGAAGAAACCAUCCAGAAGAUUGAGAGCGAUAUGUUGGACGUCAACCAGAUCAUUAAGGACUUGGCUUCUAUGGUGUACGAGCAAGGAGACACGAUAGACAGCAUUGAAGCCAACAUAGAGACUGCAUCAUCUAACGUAGAGUCUGCGAAUGAGCAACUUGCUAAAGCCAGUCAGCACCAA